AUGGAAUCCCAUGACGCCAAACUACUGAGGGCUCAAACACACAUAUGGAAUCAUAUUUUUAGCUUCAUAAACUCCAUGUCCCUUAAAUGUGUUGUUGAGUUAGGAAUACCAGACAUCAUACACAACCAUGGCCAACCCAUCUCACUCUCAAACCUCAUUGCUUCACUUCCAAUUCACUCUUCCAAAACUCACUUCAUCCCUCGCUUGAUGCGAAUCAUGGUCCAUUCUGGCUUCUUCUCUCAACUCAAUCACACCGAUAACGACCUUGAAGUCAAAUAUGCACUCACUGAUGCCUCUUUGCUUCUGGUUAAGAGCCAUCAAAUGAGUAUGGCACCUUUCCUGCAGGCCCAGCUUGAUCCAGUUUUAACAAAUCCAUGGACUCAGGUUUCUAGUUGGUUCAAAAAUGGUAUUACUACAUCCUUUGAAAUGACGCAUGGGAAAUCGUUUUGGGAGUAUGCUGGCAGUGAUCCCAGAAUUAAUAUCUUAUUCAAUGAUGCUAGGGCAAGUGAUGCUCAACUAAUCACUAGUUGGGUGAUUGAGAAAUGCAAAGGGGUGUUCAUGGGAUUGGAGUCAUUGGUUGAUGUUGGGGGAGGUACAGGAACCAUGGGAAAGGCCAUUGCCGAAUCCUUCCCUCAGUUGGAAUGCAUUGUAUUUGAUCUUCCACAUGUUGUUUCUGGCUUGCAAGGAAGUGACAACCUUAAAUAUGUUGGAGGGGACAUGUUUGAGGCAAUUCCUCCGGCCGAUGCCAUUUUGUUGAAGUGGAUAUUACAUGCCUGGAGCGAUGAGGAGUGUGUGAGAAUAUUGAAGAAAUGCAAGGAAGCUAUAUCUAAGAAAGGCAAAGUAGGGAAGGUGAUAAUCAUAGACAUUGUGAUGGAUAAUGAAGUGAAAGAUGAAGAAUAUGUUGAAACACAACUCUUCUUUGAUAUGUUAAUGAUGGUGGUUCUCAACGGAAAAGAGAGAAACGAAAAAGAAUGGGUUAAGCUGUUUUCCUCUGCUGGAUUCAAUAACUACGACAUAACUCCCGUUUUGGGCAUAAGGUCUCUCAUUCAGAUCCAUCCAUAGUCACUCACUCAUUCAUAAAUACAAGGACGAUGAUGAGUAUAUAGUUUGUGUUGCAUGAUGUACCGUCUAGAUGAAGAAGAAAAGGGUGGUACCAUUAAAGAGCACGGUGAAAGAUUUGCAAUUAUUUUUCAUAUUUUGGUAACUGAAGCUGUAUUUGAAAUUUUAAGAAAUAAGCUUGUGAUGAUUGUUGCAGGUGAAAAAGAUAGUUUCCGAAGGCCGUGAUGAAUAAGCUAUUUUUUAUUUAAUAAAUCUGAGUGUUUUAAGU